GAGGGAGAGAGAUCAAGGGAGAGAGAGAGAGUUAAUAGACAGUUUUAGGGUGAUGGCGGCGAUGGGUGAGAGUCCGAGGAGUGGGUUGUCGAGUCCAGAGGCAAAGCUGGGGAUGCGGGUGGAGGAUCUGUGGGACGUGAUGGAGCCACAGCUCAGUCCCACUGAGAAGCUCAACGCUUGCUUUGAGAGCAUCCUCGUUUCUGCGUUUCCUCCGGCUUCUUCAAAUAUAGUUGAGAUUGGAUCAGAUGCCAGUCUAGCCGAAGCUGUUCAAAUUCUGGCCGAACAUAAAAUUCUUAGCGCACCUGUGGUGGAUGUUGAUGCACCCAAGGACGCCAAUUGGAUGGACAGAUACGUUGGCAUUGUUGAGUUUGCAGGGAUUGUUGUUUGGAUUCUGCAUCAGUCUGAACCACCAUCUCCCAGGAGUCCACUCAGUCCAGCCAGUGGAACUGCCCUUGCAGCAGCAACUAAUGGAUUGAAUCCUGAUCUUGGGUGUCUAGGCCCCGAAUCUGCUGCAACAACUCCAGGAAACUUUUUUGAAGCUCUGACUUCGUCUGAUUUGUAUAAGAACACAAAGGUUCGAGACAUCUCUGGGUCAUUCCGUUGGGCCCCAUUUCUCGCUUUGCAGAAAUCCAAUUCUUUUCUGACCAUGCUCUUGCUGCUUUCGAAGUACAAAUUGAAGAGUCUUCCUGUGGUUGAUUUGGGUGAAGGGAAAAUCGAUAACAUCAUCACACAAUCUGCCGUUAUUCAUAUGCUAGCAGAAUGUGCUGGGCUUCAGUGGUUUGAAAGUUGGGGAACCAAGAAACUAUCGGAGCUUGGUCUUCCCAUGAUGACAUUCGAUCGUGUUAUCAAGGUCUAUGAGGAUGAACCAGUGCUCCAGGCAUUUAAGCUGAUGAGGAAAAAGAGGAUCGGAGGGAUACCUGUUGUUGAAAGUGGAGGUAGCAGGGCAGUGGGUAAUAUAAGCUUAAGAGACGUUCAGUUCCUGCUAACUGCACCAGAGAUCUAUCAUGAUUACAGAUCUAUCACUGCAAAGAACUUCCUGACGGCUGUUAGAAGCUACUUAGAGAAUCAUCAGGAGGUCUCCCCAAUUUUGAGUGGCAUGAUUACUUGCAAAAGGGACAACACAGUUAAAGAAUUAAUUCUCCUACUCGACUCCGAGAAGAUCCACCGGAUAUACGUCGUUGAUGAUGAUGGUAAUCUAGAAGGAGUGAUCACGCUCAGAGACAUCAUCUCAAGGCUUGUACACGAGCGUGGCUACUUUGGCGAUUUCUUUGAUGGUGUUCUCCCCUGCCCCAAAACAGCAGGGUUUAAGAGUUAAUUAAGAAAUAACAUUCUGAUCGUUUCUACCGGUUUGUCAUUUGUGGUUUCUUGGAAACUCGUCUAAUAUGGUGAUAUGGUAACAUAGUCAAGCUCCUGUAACUAAUUUUCUCCAGUUCAGUUGGACAAGUUUUAACCUUUUUUUUUUAGCUGUAUUCAUGAACUUUAUGCGAUCUUUUUGGAUUAUGAUCUAAUAAAUAAAUCCAUUGUCCA